CCCAUCGUGAGACACGGAAGAGCGCCGUUUCCUUGUCUCCUGUGCAGCCAGCCACAGGGCCGGGCGUUCGGUGUCAGCCUUUCUUUUUCUCAAGGGGAACGGAACUGGCGAAGAGGCUCUGGCUUUCUGUCACAGCCAGGCUGCCUUGAAGUGAAGGCACAUUGAGGUUGCCUCCUGGAAUCUUUUUUUUUAAGAAUCUGAAACAAGGGACUCAUUUUUAGUUUGGACAUGGCCAACCGAGGAGCAACUAGACCCAAUGGGCCCAAUGCUGGGAAUAAGAUAUGUCAGUUCAAGUUAGUUCUUCUUGGUGAAUCUGCAGUUGGCAAAUCAAGUCUGGUGCUUCGCUUUGUUAAAGGCCAGUUUCAUGAGUUCCAAGAAAGUACAAUUGGAGCUGCUUUUUUAACGCAAACGGUAUGUCUUGAUGACACAACAAUAAAAUUUGAAAUUUGGGAUACAGCUGGUCAAGAACGGUACCACAGUUUGGCACCAAUGUAUUACAGAGGAGCACAGGCAGCUAUAGUUGUAUACGAUAUUACCAAUGAGGAAUCUUUUGCAAGAGCAAAAAACUGGGUAAAAGAACUCCAGAGGCAAGCAAGUCCCAACAUUGUAAUAGCUUUAGCAGGAAAUAAGGCUGAUCUAGCUAACAAAAGGGCUGUAGAUUUUCAGGAAGCACAGUCUUAUGCAGAUGACAACAGUUUAUUGUUCAUGGAGACCUCAGCUAAAACAUCAGUGAAUGUAAAUGAAAUAUUCAUGGCAAUUGAGUUUCAACAUCUUUUUUACAUCGUGGUGACCAAAACUGAAUACAGUAUUCCAAGUGUGGCCUUACCAAGGCAUUCACAUUCAAACUUUGGGGAGUCCCCAUUAUGAACAUUGUAUUUUUGGAUAUUUUCAGUGUUUAUAAUUAUUUUAAAGUAAACAUGGGAGCAUGAUAUUUGAAUUUUAUUUUGAAACUGAAAUCCAGAAAGAUGUUAAUUAAAUUCUAACAGAAAAUAAAAGACUAACUGUUAACUAAUUGCACAGGCUAUAUUUUUAAGUCUUUAUUUACUGCUGAACAAUAUUGUACAUUAUCACAGUGGUAUAAUUUGGCUGUGGUGGGUGUGCCAAAGAGAAUCUAUGUAGCAAUAUCUGAUUUCCUAUCCAUUGUCCUAGAACCAACAAAAAAGGGGGGGAGCUUUCAUUGUAUAUAGAAGAUACCAAUGGCAAUUAUCUCAUCAAAGCUUUGUUUAGGAAUAAAUAAUUAAUGUCCUGGCCUUGGACCACUUAGCUGUUGUAUGUGCUAAUAAAGAUUAAAAUAGCCAACCUCCUUACUCAUAGCAGUUUAAGAAAGGAUAGAUAGUUAUUUCUGGAAGAUUAUGCAAGACAGUGGCCAUAGGCCAUGUUUCUCUUGCUCCCUAGUAUGGGAAAACCUAGGCAUUAUAUUUUAUUUUUCUAGAUUAUCAGCAAUAAAACAAAAGUUAUUAUAAAAGCCAAACUCUUGUUCUCAAAAGUUGAUGCAGAUCACUAUCAGUAUGUUAUGUUACACAAUGUAAUGAAUCAAGAAUGUGGUCAAAUAUUAUUUAGUGCAAGUAUUAUUUAGUCUAGUACCCUGGAUUAAAAACAAAAUAAACAGGCACAACUUCAAAAGUAAAUAAAAAGCUCAUUAAAAAAGUGGGCACCACUAUUUUCAUAAUGUAAUAGAAUUUGUUUUGCUUAUUUCUAUAUUAUUAUAAUCAUUUUCCUAAAUAAUCUUAACAGUCUCUCCUACAAAAUUAAAAUAAACAAACAUAGUUAGGAAGAAAUAAUUUUGCAUCAGUUGAACAUAGCUUUUUAAUAAAAUAAUUUAAUAUAAGAUAUUUUCAAACAAAGCAGAAUUAUUUACUUUAGAUCUUAAAAUACAGUGUUAGGAAAUGAUCAACAGUAUAAUCCUAUAUAUGUCUAUUUAAAAGUAAAUUAUUCAGUAGGGAUUACUCUCAGUUAACUAGGAAUAGCUUUGUAUCAUAAAUUGUUUUAGCUUUGAAUACAGGGGGAUGAUUUAAAUAUUAAGAACCAGAUUAUUAAGCAUAAUUAACUUUCUUUUUUCAGCAUGAUUGGGGGAAGGAGCUCUUAGGUCAUUUCAUAUAUAAUUAUACAAUAAAGGAUGAUUAAACUUACACAUCAUGCAAGGUCCAUGGUUUACUAUACAAAGCACAAUUACUAGGUUAAACAAACUAUAAUAAAACAGGUUAUGAUUUUUUUUUUUAGAAAAAAGGCUAAGUAUAUACAUUGCACUAAAAAAGACCAAAUAAAAUUCAUUAUCGCUAAGAGGACAAUUCAUUUAAUGGAAUUUUGAUUUGAAAUGUUGAUAAAACAUAUCAUAUGAAUAGCUGUGGAAUGGGAUAUCUAGUAGAACACAGCAAAUUACCCCUUAAAAAACAGCUGUACAAAAACUUAUCCUGAACCAAAAGAUAUACUUAAUUAUAUAUGUUGCAGGACUCAUUACUUUAAUUCUGUGUAAGUAAGAUGGGGAGCUUCUUAAACUGCACAUGCCCUUUGUAGUUUUCAAAAAUGUAAAUUAUAUUUUAAAUUUAUUAGAAAAAACUUUGGUUAAUUAAAUAUUUUUAAAGCAAUCAACUUAGCUGAUUAAACACUGUCAUGAUGGAGAAAAUAAGAAACUAACAUGAAAACCCAGUAGGCAGCGGACAAAAUAUUGAUGUAAGAUGGGUGAUAUUAAAUAGAAUAGAUAUUAUUUUAGAAGUAUUUAAAGGCAUUUAAAAAGCAUUAAGAAGGGGUAGUUUAAGAACUAAAUAAAAAUGCAUUGGACUAGAACCUCUUGGUGUACAUUGGCUAAAAUUAUUUUAUUCUUUAUGUUUUUGCUACAGAAAUCAGGAAAAAAUAGUUACAAAAUAGGAAUUUUAGAAGUAGAAAAUUAUGUAGAUUUAUGGCUCAGAUGUGGUGGCACGGGGAGCAUCAAGUUUACAAAUUCUAUACAAAAGCCAGUGUGAAUGUCCCAAACCAACCCUGGAACUUCAAGGCAAGUUGAGAAUCAAAUCAAGUUGCUGCAUCAAAUAAGAUGUAUUUCAAUCUCAUUAUACAAUAUGAGCUAGAUUUUCAACCUCAUAUAUGAGGUCUUUGCUUGUGAUUAUGUGCCUGUAGUACAUAUUUAGAAGCUCAAUUAAAUCCUUUUAAAUGAUUUGGAUUUCAGUCCUGGUACUCCCAAGAAUAAAAGUUGAUGUAGUUCAAUGUUAUUGCAAAAUACUAUUUUUUAAAAUUAAAACUUAUUGAAAUCUACUUUUUAUCUCUGAUUUGUUUGUCCACUGUAACUGGAAUGUGUGAUUGUCUUUAGGCAUGCAGAGGCCUGGCCAAUAGGACUAGUUUUGUAAAGCUUUCCUGUUGCUUUUUUUUGGCCACGGUGUUCAGUCUUUACCCCUCUCUGACUAUCUAAUCACAGCCUUCUUGAAUUUAUGCUUUUCACUCAG